ACGAUCCACCGCCGGCAACGGGGCAGCGCGACGCCGCCCCGUUGCACGUCGAGCCCGGUCAGGGUGGAGUUUAGCUGCAGCAGCGGAUAGGGAGGGGAGCGGAGAAAAAGUUGGCCUUUCCUCUGCUUCUAAACUUUGUGCUGUUGGGGAGUUACUGGACAAAAUAAACGGUUCUGGUUUCAUCGCUCGAAGAGCCGUCGACUGGAUCCUAUCGAGGCGUUCAAGGACGUGUUCAACCAAGUCGUCAUCAUCUGACUGAGCAGGAGGUGUGACAGUAACAACUCUGGUCUACAUCAGGUUCAGCUGUGUGUUGGCUGAAGGUGCAGAGCAGCAAUCAUGGUUGCCCUGUCCUUGAAGAUUGGUGUGGGCAAUGUAGUGAAGACCAUGCAGUUUGAGCCCUCCACGAUGAUCUACGAUGCCUGUCGGAUCAUCAGGGAGAGAGUUCCUGAGGCACAGCUUGGCCAGCCCAACGACUAUGGACUGUUUCUGUCAGAUGAUGACCCAAAAAAAGGCAUUUGGCUGGAGGCUGGGAAGGCCCUGGAUUACUAUAUGUUAAGGAACGGGGACACCCUGGAGUACAAGAAGAAGCAAAGGCCUCUGAAGAUCCGCAUGUUGGAUGGCACAGUGAAGACCGUCAUGGUGGAUGACUCCAAGAUCGUCAGUGACAUGCUUAUGACUAUCUGUGCUAGAAUAGGUAUCACGAACUAUGAUGAAUACUCACUGGUGAGAGACAUCGGUGAGGAGAAGAAGGAGGAAAACACAGGCACACUGAAGAGAGACAAGACUCUUCUACGAGAUGAUAAGAAGAUGGAGAAGCUAAAGCAGAAGCUCCACACAGACGAUGAGUUGAACUGGCUGGACCACGGCAGAACGCUGAGGGAACAGGGCGUGGAGGAGACGGAGAUGUUGCUGCUGAGGAGGAAGUUCUUCUAUUCAGACCAGAAUGUGGACUCUAGAGACCCCGUUCAGCUCAACCUGCUUUAUGUUCAGGCUCGUGAUGACAUUCUGAACGGAUCUCAUCCCGUCUCCUUUGACAAGGCCUGUGAGUUCGCCGGCUAUCAGUGUCAGAUCCAGUUUGGUGACCAUAACGAGUCCAAACACAAGCCCGGAUUCUUGGAUUUAAAAGAGUUCCUGCCUAAAGAAUACAUCAAGAACAAAGGAGAGAGGAAAAUCUUUCAGGCACAUAAGAACUAUCAAAACAUGACAGAAAUCGAGGCCAAAGUGAGCUACGUGAAGCUGGCUAGGUCCCUGCAGACGUACGGCGUGUCCUUCUUCCUGGUGAAGGAGAAAAUGAAGGGUAAGAACAAACUGGUGCCUCGUCUGCUGGGAAUCACCAAGGAGAGCGUGAUGAGAGUAGACGAGAAAACCAAGGAGGUGAUCCAGGAGUGGAGCCUGACCAACAUCAAACGCUGGGCCGCCUCGCCCAAGAGCUUCACCCUGGAUUUUGGAGACUAUCAGGACGGUUACUACUCUGUGCAGACCACUGAGGGGGAGCAGAUAGCUCAGCUCAUCGCUGGGUACAUCGAUAUCAUCCUCAAAAAGAAAAAGAGCAAAGACCACUUUGGCCUUGAGGGAGAUGAAGAGUCAACCAUGCUGGAAGAUUCAGUUUCACCCAAAAAGUCCACGGUUGUGCAGCAGCAGUUUAAUAAGAUGGGCAGGGUGGAGACGGGCUCGGUGGCGCUGCCAGCUAUCAUGCGGUCUGGAGCUGGAGGUCCAGAAGGCUUCCACAUGGGUUCCAUGCCCCAGGCCAAACAGCACAUCACCAGUGGGCAGAUGCACCGAGGACACAUGCCUCCGCUGACAUCAGCACAGCAGGCUCUGACUGGAACCAUCAACUCCAGCAUGCAGGCGGUCCAGGCAGCGCAGGCCUCUCUGGACGACUUCGACACCCUGCCCCCAUUAGGAACUGAUGCUGCGUCUCAAGCUUGGCGCAAAAACAAGAUGGACGAGUCCAAGCAUGAGAUUCAUUCUCAGGUGGAUGCCAUCACAGCAGGAACAGCCUCCAUGGUCAAUCUCACAGCAGGAGAUCCAGCAGAGACGGACUACACAGCAGUGGGCUGUGCUGUCACCACGAUCUCCUCCAACCUGACAGAGAUGUCCAAAGGUGUGAAACUACUGGCAGCACUGAUGGAGGACGAAGGAGCUAAUGGACAGCAGCUGCUGAGUGCUGCCAAGAAUCUGGCCUGUGCCGUGUCCGACAUGCUGAAGACGGCACAGCCAGCAAACACAGAGCCUCGUCAGAACCUGCUGCAGGCUGCAGGGAAUGUGGGCCAGGCCAGCGGUGAGCUGCUGUCUCACAUUGGAGAGACUGACACUGAUCCACAGUUCCAGCUUCACCGGGGUACAGGAUCUUUCAGGGGUGCCAGAUGGAGAACCCCUCCCUAUGUUGAAAUGCUGGAUAUGUUGAUGCAUCUUGCCAAAGCUGUGGCCAACGCUGCAGCUGCUCUGGUGCUCAAAGCCAAGAAUGUGGCUCAGAAGACAGAGGACUCGGCUCAGCAGAACCGGGUCAUCGCAGCAGCCACACAAUGUGCCCUGUCCACAUCUCAGCUGGUGGCCUGCACCCGGGUGGUGGCUCCAACCAUCAGCUCCCCAGUGUGCCAGGAGCAGCUGAUCGAGGCCGGUAAGCUGGUGGCCAAGUCCGUAGAGGGCUGCGUGGAGGCGUCUCAUAGGGCCACUGGAGACGAGGGUCUGCUCAAACAGGUGGGUCAGGCCGCUACGGGGGUCACUCAGGCCCUCAACGAGCUGCUUCAGCACAUCAAACAGUACGCCAGUGGGGGACAUCCCAUCGGACGGCAUGGAGAAGCCACCGACCGCAUUCUUGAUGUUACAGAGAACAUCUUCAGCUCCAUGGGAGACGCUGGUGAGAUGGUUCGUCAGGCUCGCAUCCUCGCCCAGGCCACGUCUGAUCUGGUCAACGCCAUCAAGAUGGAUGCAGAAGGAGAAUCUGACCUGGAGAACUCCCGGAAGCUUCUUUCUGCUGCCAAGCUUCUGGCUGAUGCCACCGCAAGGAUGGUGGAGGCUGCUAAGGGUGCAGCUGCAAACCCCGACAGCGAGGAGCAGCAGCAGAAGCUUCGUGAGGCUGCUGAAGGUCUCCGAAUGGCCACUAACGCUGCUGCCCAGAAUGCCAUCAAGAAACGGCUAAUCAAUAAGCUAGAGAAUGCAGCCAAACAAGCAGCUGCAGCAGCCACCCAGACCAUAGCCGCUGCCCAGCAUGCUGCCUCUUCCAACAAGAACCAGGCCGCCCAGCAGCAGCUGGUCCAGAGCUGCAAGGUGGUGGCAGACCAGAUUCCUCAGCUGGUCCAGGGAGUCCGAGGCAGCCAGGCUCAGCCUGACAGUCCCAGUGCUCAGCUUGCCCUCAUCGGUGCCAGUCAGAACUUCAUGCAGCCUGGAGCCAAGAUGGUUACCGCCUGCAAAGCCACAGUUCCCACCAUCAGUGACCAGGCGUCGGCCAUGCAGCUCAGCCAGUGUGCUAAAAACCUGGCCAGCGCCCUGGCAGAACUUCGCACUGCUGCCCAGAAGGCUCAGGAUGCUUGUGGUCAGCUGGAGAUUGACAACGCACUGAAUAUGGUCCGAGACCUGGAGAAGGACAUCCAGGAAGCUAAGGCUGCUGCUCGAGAAGGAAAACUCCAACCGCUGCCAGGAGAUACACUGGGAAAGUGUUCUCAGGAUCUUGGAACCAGCACCAAGGCUGUGACCUCUGGUAUCGCCCAGCUGCUGAGCGAGACCACUCAGGGCGAUGAGAACUACAUCGGCAUUUCAGCCAGAGACGUGGCCCAGACCCUGAAGUCCUUGGCCUCCGCUGCCAGAGGAGUCGCAGCCACCACGGAUGACCCAGCAGCCCGAGGCGCUGUGCUGGACUGUGCCGGUGAUGUUCUGGACAAGUCGGCCAACCUGAUCGAGGAAACCAAGAGGGCUAUAGUGAAACCAGGAGAUGCUGAAAGUCAGCAGAGGCUGGCCCAGGUGGCUAAGGCGGUGUCUCAGGCUCUGAACAGAUGUGUGAACAGCCUCCCUGGCCAGAGGGAUGUGGACAACGCUAUCCGUACUGUGGGGGAAUCCAGCAAGUCUCUCCUGGCUGAAUCUUUUCCGUCCAGCGGGCGCAGCUUCCAGGAGCUUCAGGCUCAGCUCAACGAGGUGGCUGCUGAGUUAAACCAGUCAGCCAAUGAGGUGGUCCAGGCCUCCAGGGGAACCACCCAGGACCUGUCCAGGGCCACCAGCAAGUUUGGACAAGACUUCAGCCAGUUCCUGAAGGCUGGUGUUGACAUGGCUGGAACGUCCCAGUCCAAAGAGGACCAGACACAGGUGGUGUCCAACCUUAAGACCAUCUCCAUGUCCUCAAGCAAACUGCUGCUGGCUGCUAAAGCCCUGUCCACCGAUCCCAGCUCCCCCAACUUGAAGAACCAGUUAGCAGCAGCCGCUCGGGCAGUUACAGACAGCAUCAACCAGCUCAUCACCAUGUGUACUCAGCAGGCUCCAGGUCAGAAGGAGUGUGACAACGCCCUCAGAGAGCUGCAGUCAGUGAAAGGAAUGCUGGAGAACCCAACGGAAGCAGUCAAUGAUCUGUCCUUCUUUGAGUGCAUUGACAGUGUCAUGGAGAAUUCUAAGGUUCUUGGAGAGUCCAUGGCUGGUAUUUCACACAACGCUAAGAACUCCAACCUGCCAGAGUUUGGGGACUCUGUCAGUGGUGGAUCCAAAGCCCUGUGUGGUCUCACUGAAGCUGCUGCGCAGGCCGCAUAUCUGGUGGGUGUCUCAGACCCCAACAGUUCAGCAGGUCAAAAGGGCCUGGUGGACCCCACCCAGUUUGCCCGGGCCAAUCAGGCUAUUCAGAUGGCGUGCCAGAACCUGGUGGACCCAGCCUGCACUCAGUCUCAGGUGCUUUCUGCAGCGACCAUCGUGGCCAAACACACGUCUGCGCUGUGCAACGCCUGCCGCCUGGCCUCCUCCAAAACCUCCAACCCCAUCGCCAAGAGGCAGUUUGUUCAGUCCGCCAAAGAAGUGGCCAACACCACCGCCAACCUGGUCAAAUCCAUUAAGGCUUUAGAUGGAGCUUUUAAUCAGGAGAACAGAGAGAAGUGCAGAUCUGCCACUGGUCCUCUGAUCGAAGCUGUAGACAACCUGACGGCAUUUGCCUCCAACCCAGAGUUCGCAAGCAUUCCUGCGCAGAUCAGUCCUGAGGGUCGUGCAGCCAUGGAGCCCAUUUUGGCAGCAGCUCAGACAAUGCUGGAGAGUUCGACUGGCUUGAUUCAGACCGCACGCUCUCUCGCUGUCAACCCCAAAGACCCACCUAAGUGGUCCGUUCUGGCUGGACACUCCAGAACUGUGUCUGACUCCAUUAAGAAGCUCAUCACCAACAUGAGGGAAAAAGCCCCUGGCCAGAGAGAAUGUGAUGAUGCUAUUGAGGUGCUGAACGGUUGCAUCCGGAAGGUUGACCAUGCCUCACUUGCUGCCAUUAGCCAGCAGCUAACACCUCGUGAAGACAUUUCCAUGGAGACUCUUCAUGAGCAGAUGGCAGCCUCCGUUCAUGAGAUCAGUAACUUGAUCGAUCCUGUGGCUAUAGCGGCUCGAUCAGAAGCAUCACAGCUUGGUCACAAGGUGUCUCAGAUGGCCAGCUACUUUGAGCCCCUGAUCAUGGCAGCCAUUGACACAGCCUCUAAGAUCCUCACCAGCCAGCAGCAGAUGGCUGUCUUAGACCAGACCAAGACCUUGGCAGAGUCUGCCCUGCAGAUGCUCUACACAGCCAAGGAAGCUGGAGGAAACCCCAAGGCAGCGCACAUGCAGGAUGCCCUGGAGGAGUCGGUGCAGAUGAUGAAAGAAGCCGUGGACGAUCUGGGAGCUACACUGGCUGAGGCUGCUGGUGCAGCAGGUGCUGUGGGCGGGAUGGUGGACUCCAUCAAUGAUGCUAUCAAUAAGAUGGAAGACACAACGGUGCAAGAACCGGAUGGUACCUUUGUGGACUACCAGACUACCAUGGUUAAGACAGCUAAAGCCAUUGCUGUCACCGUGCAAGAGAUGGUGACCAAGUCCAACACCAACCCAGAUGAUCUCGGAGGAUUGGCCAACCAACUCACCAAUAACUUUGGAAAUCUUGCAAAUGAGGCCAAAUAUGCAGCUCUUACAGCAGAAAACGAUGACAUUGGUUCUCACAUUAAGAAGCAGGUGGGAGAGUUGGGUUUCACCUGUACAGGUUUGGUGACCAAGGCUGGAGCUCUACAGUGCAGCCCCAAUGACUCCUUCACUAAAAAGGAGCUGAUUGAAAGCGCACGCAGAGUCUCUGAGAAGGUCUCCCAUGUGCUGGCGUCCCUCCAGGCCGGUAAUCGCGGCACUCAGGCCUGUAUCACAGCCGCCAGCGCUGUGUCUGGAAUCAUCGCUGACCUCGACACCACCAUCAUGUUUGCCACAGCUGGCACUCUGAACCGAGAGAAUGCUGAGACCUUUGCAGACCACAGAGAAUGCAUUUUGAAGACUGCCAAGGCUCUAGUGGAGGACACCAAACUGCUGGUGUCUGGAGCUGGAGCCAGUCAGGAGAAACUGGCACAAGCUGCCCAGUCCUCAGUCUCCACUAUCACCAAACUGGCUGAUGUGGUCAAACUGGGAGCAGCCAGCCUGGGUUCUGAGGAUCCCGAGACACAAGUGGUCUUGAUCAAUGCUGUGAAGGAUGUGGCCAAAGCUCUGGGCAACCUAAUCAGUGCUACUAAAGCAGCAGCAGGAAAACCUCAUGAUGACCCCAGCAUGCUUCAGUUGAAGAGCUCGGCAAAGGUGAUGGUGACCAACGUAACAUCUCUGCUGAAGACCGUGAAGGCGGUGGAGGACGAAGCCACCAAAGGAACGCGGGCGCUGGAGGCCACCAUAGAACACAUCAAACAGGAGCUGACUGUGUUCUGCAGUUCUGACCCACCUCCAAAGACCACCACACCAGAGGAGUUCAUUCGCAUGACAAAAGGGAUCACCGUGGCAACGGCAAAAGCAGUGGCUGCUGGGAAUUCCUGUCGUCAGGAGGAUAUCAUCGCCACAGCCAACCUCAGCAGAAGGGCUAUUGCUGACAUGCUGCACUCCUGCAAGGAAGCUGCUCAUCACCAAGACGUCGGCAUGGAGGUCCAGAUGCGAGCUCUUCGUUACGGCAAAGAAUGUGCUACUGGAUAUCUGGGGCUGCUCGAACACGUGUUGGUGAUCAUCCAGAAGCCCACCCACGACUUGAAGCAGCAGUUGGCCAGCUACUCCAAACGUGUGGCAGGUUCUGUCACUGAGCUCAUUCAGGCUGCCGAGGCCAUGAAAGGCACAGAAUGGGUGGACCCUGAGGAUCCUACUGUCAUCGCAGAGAAUGAGCUAUUGGGAGCAGCGGCGGCCAUCGAAGCAGCUGCCAAGAAACUAGAGCAGCUGAGGCCAAGGACCAAACCCAAGGAGGCAGAUGAGAGCUUGAACUUUGAGGAACAGAUUCUGGAGGCAGCCAAGUCCAUCGCAGCAGCCACAAGCGCACUGGUCAAAGCUGCUUCAGCAGCUCAGAGAGAGCUGGUGGCUCAAGGGAAGGUUGGAGCCAUCCCGGCUAAUGCAGUGGAUGAUGGACAGUGGUCUCAGGGCCUGAUUUCUGCUGCCCGGAUGGUCGCGGCUGCCACCAACAACCUGUGUGAGGCAGCCAACUCUGCCGUGCAGGGACACGCCAGUGAGGAGAAGCUCAUCUCUUCAGCCAAGCAGGUGGCUGCCUCCACUGCUCAGCUGCUGGUGGCCUGCAAGGUCAAGGCUGAUCAGGAUUCACAGACCAUGAAGAGGCUCCAGGCUGCUGGAAACGCGGUGAAGCGAGCCUCUGACAACCUGGUGAAAGCGGCACAGAAAGCAGCGUUUGAUGCUCAGGAUGACCAUGCUGUGGUGGUCAAGAGUAAGAUGGUGGGAGGCAUCGCUCAGAUUAUUGCGGCCCAGGAGGAGAUGCUGAGGAAGGAGAAAGAACUGGAGGAGGCCAGGAAGAAGCUGGCCAUGAUCAGACAGCAGCAGUACAAAUUCCUCCCAUCAGAGCUGCGAGAGGAUGGACAGGAACAGUGAGAGUGUGUGAACGUGUGUGUUGUCAGUGAUAAACGGCAUCAUCACUAACGCAGAAGCAACCAUUGGAUGGCUCAGGACUUCCCACUGGCUAAUGCUUUAGCAACACACCUUAACAUGUCCAGGUGCUUCUUAUUCAAUUAUGGUGUCAAGUUUCCAGAGCAGAACGUUUAAUAAUAAGAUGAGUUAAGCUAAAUAAGGGCUGAAUAAAUUAUCAUUGCUUUUGGUAAAAAAUGUUUGUAUACUUUCUAAAACUUUCCUUGCAGUUUGUGUGUACAUGCUGCGUGACUUUGUUAAAUGUCAAAGUCGGACCAGUUCGAGCUCGACUGUUACGCCCUCACGUGAGAAGAUGGGCUCCGAGUACAAUCUAUGCUUCAGCGCCAGAUUCUGUAUGAUCUAUGCAAAGUUUUCUUUGAUUUGAUGUUUUUGUCUGAACACGUUUCCAAAGAGCCUCUAUGUACUCAUGCCAGGAGUUUGGUAACAUUCACUUUGUUACGUUUACAGUAAAACGUCUAAAAUAAGGACUGAAUGAAAUGUUGGAAUUUUACAUCUCAGAAAAUACAAUGAAAAGAGAUUUAGAACAAAUUAGAUGGAAUCAGUAUUUUUUACUAAUGGCUCUAAACUGUUUUAAAGAGGUGUGUGUAUUUGUGUUAGUAUUUAGUGAUAUAAAGCCAUAUAUUUAAUGUCAGAUCGUUUUCUAUCAGAAUGACUGUUGAUAGCUCAGCCAUUAUUGAGUCACUCCAGUGAUGCAAACAGAAACGGGUUUUGUCUGUGGAGCCCAGUGACCACGGUAUUACGGCCCAAAGCGUUAUGUUUAUGCUUACACAGUGUCUGUUAUGUAUUACUCAUCCUAUCUGGCCCAGAAGUGCAAUAACUUCAUCACUCCGCUAAGUUCCAGCACAAGCAGCUUCAUUGUCUUUGACAUCAUGUAGAACAGAGCGGCAAAGCGUUCAAACUGUUCUUCUGAUCACAUUUUAACUUUAUGGUGACAUAAUGGUAAUGCUGGUGCACAGUAGUACCACCUGCCGAGCACUGUAACAGAGAUUUAUAAGCAAUAAAGCUCAUUUUCACUGAAA